CAAAAUCCCCUCCCUUUGUCUAAAGAACUCAUACAUAUUAUUUGAUAGUUCACACUCUCAUAUAACUAAAUUUAAAGUACUCGACAACACGUGAAGCAUACAUAACCUUAUUAUUACUUGUAUACAUGCGAAAAAGAAGAUGAAGAAUCAACGAAAAACUUCAAAGAGGAAGCUAAAUAACGUAAAAACUGCAAAUAAUGUUAAAGAAGGAGAAACGGAUUCACCGAAACCUGCAUUUGAAGAAGAAUCGGAUUCAGGUACUGAAGAUUUAUUGUCUGCUGAAGUAAAUAACAAUGAUGAAAGUUCAGAUGAUGAAAUAAAUGAAAAUGAAGAUAUUCCUGUAUCAGACACUGAACAAGAUCCAAUUGUCUUUAAAUCUGAUGAUGAAGAAGAUGAAUUAAGCUUUCAGACAGAUUCAGAUGAUCUUGGUCUUGAUGAAGAUUAUUCUGAAAGUGAAGAAGAAAAUAUUUCUCUUGAUGAAAGCGAAGAUGAAAAUUUGAAAAAAAGAAGUGAAAAUUCUGAAACUCCCUCAACAUCUAAAGAUAAUGAAUUUGUAAAAAUAAAAAAAGGUGGAUCUUCUAUGUUUAAUAUUAAUAAUAGGAAUAUAUCUAAUAAAUUACAGAUUAAGAAACAAAGCAAAACUCUUAUAAAUAAAAUUAAUAAAUCAGACGAAUCAAAUACUGGUAAAGAUAUACAAAAAGGUAAGGUACAAAAUAAAGAAAAUUUAAAAUUAGAUUUAGAAAGAUGUAAAGAAAGCAGUACUAAGAAGAAUACAGAAUCUAGUAUACAUAAUGAAAAUGCAAAUCAUGAUAAGUUAGUAACAGAUCAACAAGUAGAUGAAUAUGAAUAUGAUAGUUCUGAUGAAGAAGAUAUUCGUAACACAGUUGGAAACAUACCAAUGAAGUGGUAUGAUGAAUAUGAUCAUAUUGGUUAUGAUUGGGAUGGUAAAAAAAUUAUAAAACCUGAAAAAGGUGACCAGUUAGACAAUUUUUUGAAAAGAAUGGAAGAUCCUGAUUUUUGGAGAACAAUUAAGGAUCCUCAGACUGGGCAAGAUGUUGUAUUAAGUGAAGCAGAUAUAGAUUUGAUUACGAGGAUACAAAAACGAAAAAUUCCGGACAUAACUUUUGAUGAAUAUGCUCCAUGGGUAGAGUGGUUCACUUCAGAGGUGAUGAAGACACCAUUACGUAAAUUUCCUGAACAUAAACGUUCAUUUUUACCAUCUAAAUCAGAAGCUAAAAAAGUAUCAAAAUUAGUUCAUGCACUUAAGAUGGGUUGGAUAAAAUCAACAGCGGAAUUAAAGAAAGAAAGGGAGAAGAAAAGAAAUGAACCACAAUUUUACAUGUUGUGGCAAUCAGAUGAUCAAGCUGAAGAAAUGCGUAGAAUUCAUAAACAUAUCCCACCGCCAAAAAGGCAUUUACCUGGACAUGCAGAAAGCUAUAAUCCUCCCCCAGAAUACUUAUUCGAUAAAAAGGAACUAAAAGAAUGGAAUAAAUUACAGACAACACCAUGGAAACGAAAAUUACACUUCAUUCCACAAAAAUAUAACGCUCUCCGCGAAGUACCUGCCUAUCCUAAAUACGUUAAAGAAAGAUUUCAAAGAUGCCUAGAUUUGUAUUUGUGCCCUAGAGCAUUGAAAAUGAGAUUAACAAUAGAACCAGAAGCCUUAGUGCCUCAAUUGCCAAGUCCAAAGGAUCUACAACCUUUCCCUACAACAAUGUCUAUGGUAUUUAAAGGUCACACAGAUAUGGUAAGAAGUAUUACAGCAGAACCAAUGGGACAAUAUAUAGCUUCUGGUGGUGAUGAUAUGAAUUUAAAAAUAUGGGAAAUAGCAACAGGCAGGUGUAUAAAAACAAUACCAUGUGGGGGGAUAAUUAGAUCUGUGGCAUGGUGUCCAAAUCAAUCUUUAUCGCUUAUAGCGGUAGCUGCAGAUAAAAAGGUUCUAUUAAUAAAUCCUAGUGUUGGAGAUCAUUUAAUUACUAAUAAAACAAAUCAAUUAUUAGAAAUAGUACCUCAAAGUGAUGUUAUAGUAAGUGAAAGAGUGAAAACUGCUGUUCAGUGGGAACAAGCAGAAGAUGAAUAUUGGACUAAAGGAAUUAGGGUAAUUUUAAAUCAUUUCAAAACAGUAAAACAAGUAACUUGGCAUGGUAAAGGUGAUUAUUUUGCCACUGUUAUGCCAGAUGGUCAAAACAGAUCUGUCUUAAUAAAUCAAUUAUCAAAAAGAAGAUCUCAAUUACCUUUCACUAGGUCAAAAGGUUUAAUACAGUGUGUCUUGUUUCAUCCAAUUAGACCCUAUUUAUUCGUAGCGACUCAACGAAAUGUUCGAAUAUACGAUUUAAUAAAACAGGAAAUGAUUAAAAAAUUGCUAUCAAAUUCACAAUGGAUAUCAUCAAUGACAAUACAUCCAGGAGGUGACAAUAUUUUAGUAGGCACAUACGAUCGCAAAAUGCUUUGGUUUGAUCUUGAUUUAAGUACAAAACCUUAUCAGACAUUACGUUUACAUGGUACAGGCGUUCGCAGUGUUGCAUUUCAUAAGCGAUAUCCACUUUUUGCAUCUGGUGCUGAUGACAGAGGUCUUAUUGUUUCCCAUGGAAUGGUGUACAAUGAUUUAUUGCAAAACGCAUUAAUUGUACCACUUAAAAGAUUAUGCAAUCAUGAAUCUUAUAAUGACUUUGGUAUUUUGGACGUGAUGUUUCACCCUAUUCAACCAUGGGUAUUUUCUGCAGGUGCAGAUUCAACAAUACGAAUGUAUACUUGAGUUGUAUAUGUAUUUAUAGUUUUAGUUAACAAAUAAUGCAACGAAACAAAUAUUAUGUUACAUAACAUAGAAAUUUUUUUAUGAACAAUUAUUUAGAACUAUAAAAAUUAGAAUAAAUUCUUUUCAAAAUG